UUCGACUCGAAACUUCGACGGCUUUCCCGUUCACUUCAAAAUCGCAGCUGGACACUCUUCACGAUCCGCACCACCACACGCCGCUGCUGUCCGAGGGAAGGAAGAGGACAUCUAGAUGUGAUUACUAUCCGUUGGCUUACAAUACGACAUUUGAACGAGUCCAUCAACAUGAGUUUGAUCGCCAAAAUCGUCACCAUGAUGUGGUUCAAGGUCGAGGACGCCCUCGUCGCUCGAAUCCUCCAAAUGCCCCAGUUCCACCAUGGCGUCCGCAAAAUCCACCGCACCGUCGAAGAGUUCCGUCACGGUCGUGAUCCCAACGAGCCGCUGCGCGAAGGCGAGGCUACCGAGGAUCCCAAUCUACAGAAGCCACAAGUGCAGAGCUUCGUCAAAUUCUUUAUCGAAGAAAUGCGCAACCAGGCGCGGGGAACGCCAACCGACAUCGAUAACCAGCCUUUACCUCCCAAGAAGCGACCGUGAUCCUGUCUGCCGUACCUAACCCCUGCGAACCUGACGCUUCCCAUUCAUCCGGUCGGCACAUACCAUCAUGAUGUUUCAGAUACGGAUGGACCGAGAGAGAGCUGGGAUCAUGAUUCAAGAUUCAGAAAGACGGACAAAACAUACGCAACAGGCGAGAAUGAUGGACCUCGAAAGAUCCACUUGGGCCCAAUGCUACCUACAUUAUCCACGGCCGACUACACCUACGAAAGGCGGCUCCAACGCAACCGCAUUAUGCAAGCCGCGACGGAGAGGAGUGGUCUAUGAUAUGCGCCCUUGGCACAUUUGAUUUGAGAUGGUGAUGCAAUCCAUGGGAUGCGAGUUGCGAUGAAGCACACUGCUGCGGCACUAGUUUGGGUAAUUUCGCCACAUCGGACUAUGGUUCAUGCAUACGAUACACAAAACCAACAACAUUAUACACCCCAUUUUGGUCCGGGUGUUGGAGCAUUGGCGUGGUUUCACGGAGUUGCCUUGCGACAUGCCUGGUUAGGUUACAACACCGUCAGUUCGGUUGGAAGAAACAGCUGUAAUGCCGUUUGAUCAAAAAUCUACAAGUCAUCAAGAUCAAUGUCUCGGAUCGUCUUCGUAGUUUUUUAGGUGCGCACAUUGGCCACUUGAAGUAGAACCGCAUGCUCAACGCUCCAAGCAAGCUUUUCUCAUCACGAUUAGAUUUCACGGUGCACCACUCAACCAGGGAAAAGAGACGAUCCAUCGGCUUGACGAUCUCUGAGCAACCGUCACCCCAAUGGCAUCAAGGGCCUUGUGUCAGAGCCGAGUUGUCACCUGCUUCGUUCUUUAGAAUCCAUGAGUUUCAUUGUCUCGUGGCAUUCUCAUUGCUCUCGAUGAAUCGGUUCAACACUUCAUAAACAUGGAGCUAAAUGGUUGCUCAGAGCUAGUAAUGCCAACAUGCUUAAUGGAGCGUCAAGUUCUGAGCCUUGAAGACACAGACAUACACUUGCCUUUGCUCGAGUGUAUUAUUUCAGCUUUCCCUCUACUCGUCAUCCCUCCUUUUCGAGAGACCAAUCGACACUGAAUGUCGCGCCAAAGAAUGAUGGAGAAUCGGAAUUUC